UUUUUCAGUCUACUAUGAAUCAGUUUGGUCAUCAGUAUACUGUCCAACCACCACCUACCUUUUAUACGAGUGAUAUGAAUUCAUUUGGAAAUGCUGUUCAAAGACCUGGACCCAGGCCUUAUAGUUUUGAAGUUCCACCUCAAGAUUUUCAGUCUACACCCCCUCUUCGGAGUGACAGUGGAUAUUCGCUUUGUCCAUCCCAGUAUUACAGCAGACCUGGGAUAAUGCCUUCCACAGAAGAAACUUGUGUUAAUUUUUCAGAACAACUACCAAUAACCUCUGAAAUCAAUGAAAAUAGCAACGUAGUCGUUGACUAUCAGAAUCAGUUUAGUUUCCGUGUUCCUCCCGAGAUUCCUAGCUGGAUGACCUUAAAUUCCUCAGCUAGUAACUUCUACACUGAUAUUCAAAAAUACACUUCACAACCUAAUCCAACACCCCAGUCGGUAUAUACUGGGAUUCCAGUUCAUUACAAUAGAACUCCUGAGAACUCUACGUUUCAAAAUCGUGGGCGUGUUAGAACUCCUGGUCCUUUCAAGGGAAAUAGAGGAAGUCUUCGAAAUCGCCCCAACCAAGGUACUCACACCGCUAAUACUGCCGGUACGACGACAACUACAAAAGAACCAUCCAUUUUUUACUGCGAUAUUUGCAAAGUUAGUUGUGCAGGUCCACUAGCCUUCAAAGACCAUGAAUCUGGUCAACGCCACAAAAAAAGAUUGUCCCAAGUUGAAGCGAUUGAAAAAUUAAAACAGGAAGUCUCUACCGAUGGAAGUUCAUCAUUAAUUAUUAACUCAGCUUCACGAGAAUUACGUUGUGAGCUUUGUGAUGUUGGUUGCACCGGUGCCGACUCUUAUACUGCCCAUUUAUCUGGUAGACAGCAUCAACGUACGCUCAAGUUACACAAGGAAUUGGGGAAACCAAUUCCAGAAACUGAUGAUCCCCUUGUACCAGCUAUUGUGGCAGAUAUGAUUGCCACUGCCGUUGACGAUGCUAAACCAGUUGAAACGGAUGAAAAUAAAACAAAUCCUACGGAAAACACGUUUAUGAAACAUAUUGAUUUAAAACAACUUGCUGGUCCUGAACUACCUGCUGUUGGACAAGAGUAUUUAGAAACUAUUAUUAAUAGCAACAACAAAACUGUUAAAUAUCGUUGCAAGUUAUGUGAUUGUGAAUUUUCAAAUCCAGAUUCUCGUGAAUGUCAUUUACGUGGUCGUCGUCAUCGUCAACAGUACAAAAAGAAAGUCGAUCCAUCGUUUAUUGUCGAUCCAAAUCCAGGAAAUCAACUUCGUCGAAAAGUCAUAGCAGCUAAAGAAAAGAAGACGAGACGUAACGAACCAAAACAAAAUACUAGCAGUUUCCCCAGUUUCAGUACCUUGCGUAAUAGCAGUAUGACAGGAAAUUGUAUGAGUGGGAUCCCAUAUGACCGUUUUCCUGCACAAGUCCCUCGAAUAUACACGACUCAAACUCCUAAUAAAUCUCUAGAAAGCAGAUACGUCAGUUCUAAGCAUACAUCUUUGCUACCGACAGCUUGGGAAGUUCAGGCAAUGAUGUUGGCUGUAACGAUUUGUGAGCGCUCCUUGAAAGGCGUUAGUAACGACCUUUUAAAACAGGCGCGUUCAGCAUCAGAUCUUCCUGAUACCACCAUAUGUGCUAAAUCUUGUGAUGAUGAUGAUAAUGUGGAUGAAUUGGAAGAAAAAGUUGGUGAACGUCUACUUUGUGGUGUUGUUCGUGUUGGUGCAUUGGGAAAAAAUGUACUCUUAAGGGGUGAACAUUCAGCAGAACUAGUUUUAAUAUGUUCUAAAUGGCCUACUAAAGAGUUAACAACUUAUGUAUCAACUAGUAUUACAAAAUUAAUGGAGUCACUGGAAUCCCGUCUUCAAUAUACUGUCACAGCAGAGCCUACUAUGGGAACAAUUACGGUCGUUGUGUCCUGUCCAGAUCCAUCCUUACUGAAUAAAAGUGACACCUGUGAAGUAAAUUUAAAACCUGCUUGCAAAGAAAACGAAUCUGCGAUAUGGCCUACUAUAACACUGGUAAUCAACUUAACUUCCCCGAUAGUAGUUCAAAAAAAUGAAGCCGCUCCUGAAGAUAAAAAUGAAGUCCCACCAGUUGUCCAACGUUUGAUCGUUAAUGGUCAUCCAAUUCCCAAAGAAAAGUGCAUCAAAUCCAUAGAUGCUCUUGAUCAUGCUUCAUGGUUUCAACAUAUUGCAAGCGGAGGUCCGAUACUCUUAAUUAGUCGUAUAUUACGCGACUUUAUCCAAUCUAAUGAAUACUGGAUCGAAUUAAAUGAAUUUGAUGUUGAAGUACACUUAGAUCACCUCUUAUCUUUAGAGUACAAUAUGGUGAUUCGUUCUGGUUCCACUUUCCUCCCAUCUCAAUGUGGGUCACCGAGAAAUAUGCUUUCUGUACCAAGUGACUUUUUCCAUCCUUGCAAAUUACUACGUAGAUUUUUCGAAUCAAUGGCAAAUGGAUAUUUGUUCUUUGCAAUAAAACAUUCAUCUAAUUCAAAUAACACUGAGGAUUCUCCUAGGGAGAACAAUAUACCUGUGGCGUGUACAAAACCAUUUUAUGUUACAAUUUCUAAUGGAAUAUCAGAUGAAGUUUGUGAAAAAAUAACUGUUUCAGCCCAACAAAUAGUCAGACAAAUUGCUUUUAAUCAAUUAUACAAGGUAAGUGUUCUUAUUCCUGCUCUAGGAUUGUUUUUCUUAUACGUAACUUCAAUGAAUAAACGAUCAUCUCCUUUCGAAAGCAAUCACCUUAGAAUACACACUUGUUUAUAUCACUGUUAGGUUUUACUAUGUUAUACUAUCGCUUUGUAUAUGUAGCUUUUGUGUAUACGUGUCUUAAUUCACCACUGGGUUCUUAUGCAUUCUACACCAGCAAGUUGUCAUGCGUUUUAAAUUACUUAUUCGAUUUGUUUAGACUUUUAUCUCUAAAGAUCGAUUUCACUCCGAUCUGAAGAUAUAUUAAGCUGUUCAAGCACGUUUUGUCUGUAACUUUUGUGUUUAAUUGUUAAUAUUAAUAGUAUACUAUUGUCGUCCAACACCAGUCGUCUACCUCCCGUUGUGUUAAGGGAUAAAUAUAGAAAGUGGUAAGUUGUAUUUUGUUAACAGUGAGUUAAAAGGAGACAGUUAAUUAGCUAAGACAAAUUAACCAGGCUUUUAUUUUCGCUAAUCCAGAUGGACCUUGCAUUCCAAUUUUUUACUGUUUAUUUACAACCAAUUCUCUAGGUUCUUGGUAUGGAACCUCUGGAUUCGCCUCACAACUCAGAUUUUGUCCAGUCAGGUGGUAAACGAGAACAAAAUCCCGAUGUUUCACAAGGUCAGGAUACUUCCGAAGUCGAAUGUUCAGCUGAUGAUAAGAAGCAACAAAAUAAUUCAUCUCUUAAUGUUAGUUCUGUAGCAAAUGGCAUGAAAACACAGGAAUUCGCGGCAGAAGCACUAAACGUUGAGUCAGAAUGUACUCCGGCCAAGCGAACUCGCCGCGCUACCGCUGACUCAAAAUCUUCCAUUUAAUUAUCUGCAUUUCAAUAUUACACGUCCAUUUAUUUGGUUCUACUGUCUUGAAGUUCUUUUAUAUCAUCCACAUGUUGUUCAUUCGUUCUUAAUCAAAUAUACAAUUUCCUAGUUAUCGCG